UACACAGCGACGAUGCUAUUCGGCCAUCGCAUUCUUCAAUGAGUCAACGAUGGCGUUUGGCGUCUGACGUUUAUACCGCGCAGACUUUUACUUUGGUUUUGUCCGGCGACCAUUGCGACGAUGUCGAAGGCGAAGAUCAACGCGGAAUGGCGAAAACGCGUGAAAUCCGAGUACAUGAGACUGAGACAGGUAAAGAGGUACAAAAGGGCCGACGAGGUGAAAGUCGCUUGGAACCAGAAUCGCAAGGUUAUGACAGAUCUAUUGGAUAGCGAGCACAAAAGAUGGGCAGACUGCAAGGCUAUGUGGCUGGCGAUGCAGGAUGUCCCAGCCCAUGCUUCCUGUAUGAAAAAGGCUGAAAUAUCAAGCUCUGACGGAGAUGUUCAAUCCUGCCCUGUAAAAAUUAUCAAUGCUGUUUCACCCAUUCCGACAAUGUACACGUGGGCCCCAAUCCAACAGAACUUUAUGGUAGAGGAUGAGACUGUUCUUCACAAUAUCCCUUACAUGGGUGACGAGAUUCUUGAUCAGGAUGGCACAUUUAUCGAGGAACUGAUCAAGAACUAUGAUGGCAAAGUGCACGGAGAUCGUGAGUCAGGUUUUAUGGAUGAUUCUAUAUUUGUUGACCUGGUUCAUGCUCUCAUGACUUACGACAAAGAAGACAAGGAGAAAGAAUCUUCAGCUAAGAAACAAAAACUUGACCUGAAAGAAAAAGACAAAGAAAAGGAGAAAGAAAAAGAUAAAGAGAAAGACAAGGACAAGGACAAGGAUAAAGAUAAGGACAGAGACAAGGACAAAGACAAAGAGAAGGAUAAAGAGAAGGAUAAAGAAAAGGAGGAAGAGGAUAAGAAAGAUGAAGCUUCAAAGACUGACAUUAAAGUGGAGGACAAGGAGGAGGCAGCACCAUUCCCAUCAAUGCAAAUUUUCAAUGCAAUAUCCAGCAUGUUCCCUGACAAGGGUAGGCCUGAGGAAUUGAAAGAGAAGUACAUCGAACUUACAGAGAGAUCGGAUCCAAAUGCCCUACCACCUGAGUGUACGCCAAACAUAGAUGGUGUAAAUGCCAAAAGUGUACCAAGGGAACAGACAAUGCAUUCAUUUCACACGCUGUUCUGUAGAAGGUGUUUCAAAUACGACUGUUUUCUUCACCACACAAGGGGAACCUCGCCACAAGGUCUACAAGUUUGUCAUCCUGGACCAAAUCUUCAGAAGCGCAAAGGUCCAGAUCUUAAACCAUUUGCUGAGCCUUGUGGCACAGAGUGCUACAUGCAUUUAGAAGGUAUGAAGGAGAAGCUUGCAGCUCAGGCAGCUGACAUUAAGGAAGAAGAAAAUGAAGAGAAACGAGGUGCACCCAGAAAGGUUCGCAAGCAGGCCAGUGUUGAUUCUGGCAAUGAGGCCAGUAGUGAAGACAGCAAUGACAGCAAUAAGUACAGUCAAGGGGGCAGCUGUCAAGACUUUAAACAAAACGUAAACGAAGACUCUAAAACAGAUGAGGACGCGCUGCAGGAUCAGCUGCAACCUGAGCACCAGACACCCUUCUCUUUGCUUGGAACACAAGAGAAUCGCGUCAAGACGGAGAGCGAGCUCUCAUGGACUGGUUCCGAGCAGAGUCUCUUUCGAGCGCUGCACAAGGCAUUUCCAGGAAAUCCUUGUGCUCUAGCUCAAAUCAUGCUCACAAAAACUUGUAAGGAGGUCUAUGAGUUCUCACUGAAAGAGGCCAGCGAUAUCCCAGCAGUGGAAAGUCUCAAGGACUUCACACCACCAAGGAAGAAGAAGAAGAAGCACAGACUUUGGUCUAUGCACUGUCGCAAGAUCCAACUGAAGAAGGAUUCUGGAGCGAACCACGUGCACAAUUUCGCCCCGUGUGAUCAUCCAAACCGACCGUGCGACAACUCGUGCCCCUGCAUUCAAGCACAAAACUUCUGCGAGAAGUUCUGCCAGUGCAGUAGCGAAUGUCAGAAUCGAUUCCCGGGCUGUCGAUGCAAGGCCCAGUGCAACACUAAGCAGUGUCCCUGCUAUCUGGCGGUACGCGAGUGCGACCCCGACCUCUGUCAGACUUGUGGCGCCGAUCAGUUCCACAUACAGAAGAUCUCUUGCAAGAACGUCAGCGUUCAGCGGGGACUACAUAAGCAUCUACUUAUGGCACCAUCAGAUGUAGCUGGUUGGGGUAUAUUCCUGAAGGAAUCGGCUGCUAAGAACGAAUUCAUAUCAGAAUACUGUGGCGAGAUUAUCAGUCAAGACGAAGCCGACAGAAGAGGAAAAGUUUACGACAAAUAUAUGUGUAGUUUUCUAUUCAAUCUUAAUAAUGACUUUGUUGUCGACGCGACCAGAAAAGGAAAUAAAAUUAGGUUCGCGAAUCAUUCGAUAAAUCCAAAUUGUUAUGCCAAAGUUAUGAUGGUGAACGGCGACCACAGAAUCGGAAUAUUCGCCAAGCGAGCGAUUCAGCCAGGAGAAGAAUUAUUCUUCGAUUAUCGAUAUGGACCAACCGAGCAGCUGAAGUUUGUCGGCAUCGAACGAGAAAUGGAAUUUUUGUGAUAAUGUUAAAGCAAUGCAAAGCGAUCUUGGGUACUGAAUUUGUCCACUUCAAGCGCUAUAUCUUCACGUUCAACUAUACUUCGUUGACUACAAUAGUAACAUCGUCAUCUAGUAAACAAAUAAAUUCCAUAUACUCAAGUAACCGAGUAAAAGCCAUUUUUUAAGACUAAUAAAAUGUUAUUCUUCAG